AUGUCUGACCACAUCAACGUCCAAUGGCGCGGGAACCCCUAUGCUCCCUACGAACCGCAAGUUCCCAAUAUGUUUUACAACUCACUCUACGAGCAAGUUCAAUCCCGCCAGUUCGGGCUUGAUAUUGCAGAGCUGCGAAAACUUUGGGAGCAGGCGGAAGCUCUCGAAACCGGCCUGAGCAAAUCACUCGCCCUCCUCGAAGACAUUCCUGGAACUUCUUCAGUCACUGCCACCCAACCGAUACGACUCGAACUCGAGAAAGCGCGGGCUAACACCAAAGGGCUUCGCACUCUCAUCAACAAGCUGUCAAAUCUCGCACCCCCCCUCUUCCGACCCACCAGCGGCGCAGCCGCAUCAAAAGUCUUCCAAAUUCCAGAGCUCCUAGAGCAUAUCCUCACAUACAGUCCAACGCGCCAGAAGCUCAAAUGCAUGCUCGUUCAGCGCCGCUGGCACGACACGAUCCUCGGAUCCACGAAACUAAAACGCCUACUUGGCCUCGAGUCCUCCAUCGAUGGAUUCUACUACUCCCCCUUCUCCGACCCAUACCACUAUAACGCCCACGGCUUCACCGACAAAAUGCUACCAAGUGGUCAAGACUUCUCAGAUGAUCAGCACGAAAUGUUUGAGUGGGAGCACCUGGAUGAGGAUGGAUGUAACUAUGAUCAAGCUCUGGAGUACGACGAAAGCGAAGUUUUUCUUCAUGGAGAUUUCUGCAUUGACGAGCCUGGAUCACAGAAAACAUUCGGCUCGAGGGUAGGUGACAUGCGUAUCUGCAGUUCACCGGUUCCAGUCGUGCAGGUUUUCACGUCGUUUAGUUGCGGGUCCUCAUACGCAGACCCCGAGCUUCGCGGAGGUAGCAGUGAGAUUCACGCCCCCUCGUCUGAAGGUUUCACUGUGGGCAGCUUGCAUGAUGCUUUGACUGAGCUUCUUGAGAAGCACAAGAAUUGCGAUUGGCAGCGCUUCUGCGGAUAUGUCAGCUGGGACGCGGUUGUCCAUAUGCGCGAAGACGAUCCGCUUUUCAUCGAGCGUCGCGAGCGAAAGGUCAGGUGCUUGCAGGAGCGUGCAGAAUAUGAGCGCAGAGAGCAAGAACGUGAAGAGCAAGAGGCUCUGGAGCAGUACUUGGCAGAGUGUGAGAGACAUUUGGCUGAGAGUGUCAAGGAUGAGGAUGAUGUGGAAGAUUGGGAGUAUGCGCAGACCUGGUGGAACACUCUGUCUUGGUACCGGACGGAAUCUUGA